UUUUCCAAUUUGUAUAGGGUUUACUGUUUCUACAAAUUCAAUACCAAAAUCCAUAUAUACAUCGAAAAUUAACAAUGGAGAAUGUUGAUGGAACAAAUGGGAAAAGGAUAAGGGCUGAAGAUGUAAUAUGUGAGCUCAAGGACGAUGGCGCUUUCGAUAAACUUCGCCUCAAAAUUGAGGUUGUAUGCAGAUAUGCCGUCAGAUACUGCAAGAGAAAAUGCAUCUAUAGCUAAUUCCAUAGUGACCGACUGGAAAAAUGAAAGAGGGAAUCUUGGCGGACCAGGUAGUUCAUGCCUCGGAGUAAUUGAGGGUCCCAAUCGUUCUAUAGCAGAGGAGCUCACACUUUCAUCUCCGCCGAUUGGAAUUUCAAGUGCAAUUGAAAAGGGUAAACUCUAUAGCGUAAGAUAUUUUGUAAUCAAGAGUUUGAACCAUGAAAAUAUCCAAUUAUCAGUAAACAGAGGGAUUUGGGCUACUCAAGCCAUGAAUGAGGCCAUUUUGGAUGAAGCAUUUCAUAAUUCCAGCAAGGUUAUACUAAUAUUCAGUGUCAACAUGAGUGGGUAUUUCCAAGGGUACGCCCAAAUGAUUUCUUCAGUCGGUUUGAGAAGAGACCAAGUUUGGAGUCAAGGAAAUGGUGGUCGUAAUCCUUGGGGUCGAAGCUUUGAAGUGAAUUGGCUGCGAUUGUAUGAUCUGCCUUUCCAAAGAACUCUUCACCUUAAGAAUCCAUGGAAUCAAUACAAACCAGUCAAAAUUAGUAGAGAUUGUCAGGAGUUACCUCCAGAUAUUGGUGAAGCUUUAUGUGAGCUCCUUGAUGGACAGGAUGCUUUGGAUGUUGAUUUGAAAAUGGAUAUCUUUGCAAGGAAUGAUCUCUCUUCUAAAAGGCCAUAUGUAGACCCUUCACUGCAUCUUGGAGAUCAAGACUGUAAUGCAUCUCUGAUACCUAAUGGGACCAUGUUUUAUCCCUCUUUACUCUACCAACAUCAAAUUGAUGCUAGUAGAGUUCACGUAGCACCUCAGAGAAUAAAUGGUGUAUUUUCUGCUGAGGAGUCAGCCAUUGCAUCAGGGGAAUCAAAGUCGAGACAGUCGAGGCAUUCACAGAGGAAUAGAAGCCUUGCUAAUCUUCAUGUAGACACUGACAUGGGUCCUCAAAUUAACAUGUGGGGCUUGCCGGCAGAAAGGAGCCCACUUGCUAGUAAUUUGACUGAAGAUGACAUUCUUGAAAUGACAUAUGAAGAGUAUCUUGAAGCUUAUAGCAGAGGCAGCAAAAGAUUGCCCCACCCUGUUAGUACUCUUUGACAUUUUUCUUGUUAUAUAUUCCUGUAUUAUCGAAUAAACUCAUGAGCCAUGCUCUGUUGGGUUGGAUUUUGAACUGUAAAAAGUUCACCUUUAUCUUUUUAGUUAAUCUCUGUUCUGGAAAAUCUUUUCUAAUUUCCUUUCUUUUCGGAGAAAAGCUUGUAGCAUUUGGCAUUUCCUCAUAGUGCUAUAAGCAAGAGAUGGUUAGCUCAGUUGAGGAACUUGUGUCUUAAGUCACAAGUUUGAACCUUGCACCAAGUGAACUAAGUCUAGUAUUUAAGUGGAGAAGGAUAGAGGGGCGGGUCCAUCAUCUCCGGGUUUUGAAACUCACGGAUGCCCAAACCAUUGGCUCCAGAUGAACUUCUUGUUCAUAAAAAACUUGGGGCGACUCCCAUCCCUCUUUUUUCUCCAUGCUAUCUAGUGGUUGAUGAUAUGGGUGUGGUCGGUUCUCUGGGUGAAGUAUUGUGAUAAAUUCAUGUGCUGUAGUUAGGGUCCUCGAAAUUUCAGUCUCUGUUCUGCUCUUUAGCAUGAGAUUUGAGUCUUGCGUAUCUACCAUUUCACCACCUAGGCAUCUUGAAAGUGAAUCAUAUUCCAUGAAUAUGAUAUCUAUCUAGUUUUGUAGAUGACAUUUCCUUUUCUUUUCUCUAGCACGAUGAAGUGGUUCAUUAAUGUAUUUAAACACAGUUUUUGAAAGUGCCCUUGUUCGACAUAUUUAUCUGCGGAGUGUUUCUUAGUGUGGAUAUCCAUGACUUGCACACAAAUUUUUAAUGAAGUAUCUUUCGCUAGAAAGGAUUCUGAACAAAACAUCAGGUUUCCAUUGUGCAAUAAGUUACCUCUCUUUAUCUAAGUUUCAGGACCAUAACGGAGUACACAGAGGUCAUUAGCCAGUGAAGAAAACUGUGAUGAUUCGCAAUCAGGUUUCAGUUCGAAGUAAAGGAGAAGUCACUAAAUCUCCCUAUUGGUGGCAUUGGUUUUCUUGGCGAGCAGGCUGAUAUGGUUGAUAAUUGUAUUGUUGCAGUUGUCGCGAAGUGGUGGCUCUUGCAAAAUUGUUCCUUUAUUUUUGUAAAACUUAAAACUUAGGAGAAUAUAUUGCUAUAAUGUUGGUAUAUCUGUACUGUAUUUUAUGACCCUCUUGUCACCCUUCUCCCCUUCCUGUUUUCGAAUGGAAAAUUUUAUACUGUCAAUGGAAACUUGUACAGGAAAUUAGCAAGUCUCUCUAUACUCAUAUAUUCA